UUCGAUGAUGACCUGCUGAUAGCCACACUUGAAGAAGAUGCUGCUGUAACAGUUGAAGACCUUGCCCAGAAACUCAAUUUGACCCAUUUCUCCAUUCAUUGCCGCUGGGACGUCCAGACAGGAAAUGACAGGAAACAAUGGCUGGGAAAAGUGUCAAAACUUGGAAAUGCCUUGAGAACUGGGGAGGCUAAGAGGCUCCAGGGACAGCUCUAUGGGAUGGAGAGAAAACCAAUGAAAUUGUGGGAUGGAAAACGAGAUAGUCGUAAGGGCAUUGUUGUGUCCACCCUCCAAGAACUACUCAUCAGAGGGAAGGAGAAAUUGGGAAUAUCAGAAUCUAUAAAAGUCCAGAUUGUUUUGGAAGCAGAUGGAACCCAUGUAGAAACAGAAGAAUACUUUCAAUCAUUGCCUUCUCAAACAGUCCUCCUUAUGCUUAGACCUGGGGAAGUCUGGGAACCAGUUCUUGGAUCUGCUGAUCUCAUCAUUCAAGGGGAUGUGGUUGAUGCAGUAGAUGGAGGAUCUCACUUAAGGCUUAUAGAUCUCAUCAAUGACAUUCACAGGAGCCCCGAGAAGCUUCAUCUUCUCCCCACUUACCAGCUUCAGGACUUGGCAGAUUUGGAGGAGCAGCUUCUUCCGAUCUGUGAAGGGAAAGCAUUGAAUGAAUGGCGGGUGAUCAGAGACGCUGCACAGCGGAUCCUAGAGGAACGGGAGCGGACAAUAAAUGCACUUGAUCUCCUGGACUUGUAUGAUAGAGCCACAGGGGGGAAGAGAAAGCACUCCCCAGAUUCUUCCUCCUAAUCUUAGGACUUUUAGAGCUCAGGACUCUUUUCAAUAAUUGACCCUAGUUGCUCAUAUCACCUGUGCAUGAUCUCAUUGCCAACCAAAUUUGCUGCCAUUUAUGUGCUCAAUCCCAGUAGAAAGUUUUGCCUAGACA